UUAAAAUCUUAAAUCAAAAAAUAUAAUCCAUGUUAGUACAAACAACUAAUUUUCCUUAAUCCAUGCAACAGUUUUCAUGGAAUGCCAGAUUUAUUUUGUAAAGCUAUUUGUAUUUUGUAAGCAAGCCCUAAGGACUAAGACAUGUCCCAGCAUCCCUGUUCUUUACCUGAAGUUCACCAUGACAGAGAAACUAUUAUGUAAAAGAACUGAUGGUUUAACAUGAAAUGUUUCAAUACAAAAACACAUGCAUGCACACAGCCUACGGCAAUACGAACAAACCGCAUACAAAAACAUUUACACACAUAUGCAUGCAAAAUUAUGUAAAGCAAGCACAAAUAAAAACACACAACCUUAAAAAGUGUAAAACCCAACAAGAUAAAUAAGACUUUGACCUGUGCGGUUAUUGCAGGGUGUGUGUGUGUAAGCAGGCUCUUGUUUAUAUGUGAAUUGUGACCAUAAUCCAGGAUCAGCAAGUACAAAGACUCCAGAACUCGUGACACUAAUUGUGGCCCGUGGCUUUGCUGCGGUAGACUAUUUCACCUCCACAUAUGCGGCCGGUGGGACCCUGUGGGCCCCUUUCUCCUGCUCUACAGCCCCAGUGCUGACCCUUUCCUCCUCGCAUAGAAGAGCAUGACAAUACCGUAACUGCAGUGUCUGUUGGAGCCACAUCAACGGGGCCCCCAUGGAGGAACUAGAGGAGCCCAAAUGGGCCCUGAGGGACCUGAACGAGAGGCUGAAGGGAUUUCUGGAGCACGUGAAACAGUUGGAUCAGGUCAAUUGUAAGCUUGAGGAACAGAUUUUGGAAUGGGGAAGGAGGAACGCCAUAACUGCCCCACGGGACUGGAGUGACAAGGAAGCGCUGGCACAGGAACUUCGAGAUCAGGUUACCAAGAUGCUAAUGCAAAAUACAGAGACUUUGUUACAAUGCGAUGCUGUAAAACUCAAAGCCUCAAGUUUACAGACCAGGUGUGAGACGGAGGAGAAUCUCUGUCUCCUGCAGGAGCAGCAGGUGUCACAGCUGAAGAUGAAGAAGGAAGAGGUGGAGCUGACCAACACAUUCCUGCAAAAACAGCUUUCUCAAACCAGACUACAGUUACAGCAAAUUCUAGAAGAACAAGAGAGAGAGCUGGAUCAGCACCAGCAGAAGGCAGUGGAGGACUGUGAUAGGGUGCUAGCGCAGGUUGCUGCAGGGGAGGAUGGCAGAGGAAUGGAUCUCUCCUGGACCAGCACCCAGUGCGACUACUCCAGCCCAGCUCAGAGCAGCACUGACUCAGCCACGCCGACAAAUCCAGUCCCUGGCCCAGUUCAACAGACAAGGCCCCGAAAGGAUGCAACUAGCCCAACUGCAGUAUUUCUGCCACAGGUGAGGGCAGGUGAUAAGGUCUUGAAAGAAGCACGAGCCGAACUCACAGAAGCCCGAAAGCAAUGGCACCGUCUGCAGGUGGAGAUCGAAUCGCUACAUGCACUGGAGAAGAGUCUUCAAAGCUCCCUACGCCACACUCAGCUCCAGUACUCUGUGCAGCUCAAGGACCUCUCCAGGUCCAUGAGGAGUCUGGAGUCAGAGUUGGAAACAGUCAGAGACGGUCUGGGGGUCCAGAGGCAGAACCACAGCCAGCUCCUCAACACAAAGAUGAGACUGGAGAGAGAGAUCGCCACCUACAGAAAACUCUUGGAACACGAGGAGGGCAGGUUUCUGAUAUCUGAUGGUCAGUCUCUCAAACUGAAGGAGUGGAAAGGUUCAGUUCCUGAUCCAGAGCAGAACGGACUGGCCAAUGAAUCUGACGAGGAAAUCACUCAGGCCACUUCCACUGAAAGAACUCCCAAUAGAAGCCCAGUCCUUCAUCGACAAAGGAGUCUUGUCAUUUUGACAGAACCAAUCGGGAGCAAAGAUGGGGAGAUCUGUACUGUGAAGACUCAGGAGAUUCUGGAGGGAAAUGUAGUGAGGGAGAGCGCCGAAGGUCACGGAAGUGUGGAGACAGAAAAGAUUGACAAGGUGAUCAGGCAAUGGGAAGGGUCGUUCUUUCAAGGAAAUCCAAAGUUGAGGAAGAAAUCUGUUUCUCUGCGUUUCAACCUUCACAUGGCUGUAGCAGACGAAGGCUGUGGCCAGAUAAAACAGGAUAGUCUCCCAAACGUGGAAGUCCGACUGGUCAUGAAGCGGUCCCGCAGCAUACCCACUUUUGCUCAGUGAUGUAAUUGUGACAUCACAAAAGCUUCUAUCACAAUUCAGUAGUGGUGUUGCUGUGGCAAUGUUCUACAGUCAAUAGUCAUGGCAACAAAAAGCAACCGACACCGAUUUACUGACAUCGAGAACUUUUGCCAUGUACAAUGAAUAAUUAGCAACACAUCAUCAAUUAAGCAUUCGAAAACAAAACUCAAAUUGCUCUUAAGAUUGUAAAGAAUUAUUGCAUAUAAAGCUACUUUCAGAAAAAAAAAAUCAAGUCAUAUUAAUUGUAAUUGAUUGAUUUAUGAUUUAUUUUAUCUUCAAACUUUAAUGCUUUUAAAAAUCGGUUGAGAGUAUAUACGUGUUGCAGUGUUUCACGUUUCAUAAAUUGUGACUUUAGAGCUUGAUGAUGUUUUCCACAUAAGCUCUACUGCCACAUUAUUCCUGAUUAUAAGCAUAUUAUAUUAUUCUAAACAGUGAAAAGUAUUAUUUGUAAAAAUGUGUUCAGUUUAAACAUCAAUAGGCCCGACCAAGUCUUACGGUAAUGAAAAUAUCAAUGCGGUUGUGGCCAAGAAUUUCUCACUAAGUACAGUGUAUCGAUAGAUGCCUUGUUUUUUCUGACAAAUGCUUCUGGAACUCUAACUUCACACUCCAGAGAACACAGAGAGAGUGUCUAGCUCUUGUUCAGCAAGAAAAUCUAGCGUGAGCUAGAACAAAAUGUUGCAAAAUUGCAUGGGUAACCAAAACAGAUGAUUUACAGCAACACAGUUGAACUGUCGUCACAAUAUUGCCAGCACUAACGUUUACUAUAUGAGUAACGGUAAAAGUCCUCAGCCUAUCACUGCAGAAAGAAUGUGAUGCUAAACGUGAAAAGUUGACGAAUCAGUCUACCACAUAAAAAAAACCCCUUUGCAUUCAGUUUAACUGUCUUUAAAAGUUACAUUGCUUUGCUUUACAGAUGCAUAGUUUACGCUUUAUUUAAGGUGCAAAUACUGUGUCUUCCAUUCUAAAAUGAUGCAGGAUUAUUCAGAAAACUUGAAAUAACAUACUCCAAAACAGAAAGAAAUCUAAGAAUUUCUGAUCUACAUAUAUAAAAAAAUGAAAUCGAUGAUUUAUGUACCCAUUAUGUACUACCUCUGAUGCUUGUUGUAUUGUAAAUAAAAGGGGUUCUUCCCGACGCA